GCGAGUAAUAUUCGAUCAGAUACCCAUGUUGUCUCAUCCCAUUCUCAAGCACUAAGGAUCAGAAGAGAACCAUAUUUUAACGCAUCAUUAUUGUCUGACUGGCUGAGCAGAAAAGUUCACCUUGUGCAACUUCGAAGAAGACCUGCCAACUGUCGAAGUUAUAAAAAGAAAUGAAGAAAAAUAAAAUGAAAUUGCCUCACUCUUCUAUUCCUUCUCAGAAGCACUAGUAUAAAGAUACGAUCAAUUCCGUUGCAAGGAACGAUGGUUCUCUCCCUCAUCUCUAUUUGAAUAAUCGAACAAAGAGAGGGAAGGAAAGAGCAGGUAGGUAUGGUAUCGUAAUUGGAAAAGGGUUCCCGGAGUUUGAAAGGAAAGCCACGUGAAAGUUUGCUUCCAAAGACCCCGUCCCAUCUCUCAACCCUUUUGUUUUGUUUUUUUUUUUUCGCUUUUCCUUUUUCCACUGGUUGCAUUCUGCAGUUCAUCACUUUUGAGUUCAACGUUAUGGAAAACUAUGCCUCCAUGCCAGCAAGAUUUAACUGGCAAAAGUUAAGCAAGGGAAGCUUCGAACAAGGACGUACCUGACCACUAAUGUUCCUUUCUUCCGGUGAAAUCAUGCAGGGGCAAGAACCUAUAAGUCACGAUGGUUAACGUCGACCGGAGUACCCCUGCUGGCUGCUGCGAACCACGUACGAGAGACACUACAGCCGACUGGGCGGGGAUUUGAGGUAGCCAACGCUGUAUCAUUAAUUAAUUAGGCGAACAAAAUGGUGGAGCAGAAGGAUUGGGUUGUCGACAUGGCGGCAAAACUCCAAAGCUACGACCCUGUCCAAGAGUCCAUAGCAUGGAAGAGCCGGUCGAUCUACAAGGUGCCUUCCAACCUGAUCAAUCUGACCAAGACGAAUGCCUACACUCCGGAAAUGGUGUCGUUCGGUCCUUAUCACCACGGCAGACCACAACUGAUGCCCAUGGAAGAGCACAAGCAGAGGGCGCUUUUCCACUUUCUCAGGAGGACCUCCAUAACCCUGGAGGCCGUCGUCGAUUGCAUAAAGCAGGUGGAGCAGCAGCUCGUGAACCACUACGACGAGCCGCCGGCAGUGGCCGGCCCCAGCUCCUUCGCGAAGAUGAUGGUUAUCGACGGCUGCUUCAUGCUGGAGAUCCUGCGGAUGAGGAAGGGGACGGGGGACUAUUCCCCCAGCGACCCCAUCUUCAGCAGCCACGGCAUGCUGUAUGCACUGCCCUACAUCAAGCGCGACAUGCUGAUGCUGGAGAACCAGAUCCCACUCCUGGUGCUCGACAGGUUGGUGGCCGUGGAGACGGGCAAGCCGAGGUCGGAGGAGGGGCACGUGCACAGGCUGGUGACGGACUUCUUUUCGCUGCGGCCCCUGAGCCGGGGAGGCGGGGAGGGGCUGCACGUGUUGGAGGUAUUCAGGAGGGGGCUGAUAGAAGGGAGGCCGGCGGGGCUGCCGCAUCCUCCGUCGGAGGAGCCGGAGCUGAUCGUGCGGAGCGCAGUCGAGCUGUACGAGGCGGGGAUACGGUUCAAGAAGAGCAAGACGAGGAGCCUGAGAGACAUCGACUUCAAGCACGGGGUGCUGCGGCUGCCGCGGAUCACGGUGGACGACACGGCGGAGUCGAUGCUGCUGAACCUGAUGGCGUACGAGCGGAUGCACGUGGGGGCGGGGAACGAGGUGAGCUCCUACGUCUCGUUCAUGGACACGCUCAUCGACUCCGCCAAGGACGUGGCGAUGCUGCAGUCGAAGGGGAUCAUACUGAACGCGCUGGGGAGCGACAAGGCGGUGGCCAAGCUGUUCAACGAGCUGUCCAGGGAGGUGACCAUCGACCCUUCCUCCAAGCUGGGGGAGGUGCAUCGCAGGCUGGGCAGGUACUCCACCCAGAAGCACAACAUGUGGCGGGCAAACCUCAUCCACACCUACUUCAGGAACCCCUGGGCCAUCCUAUCCCUCGUUGCCGCCGUCGUCCUUCUCGCCCUCACCAUCGCCCAGACCGUCUACUCCGCACUCGGUUACUACCACGAUUUGAAGAAGUAAAUCUCCCCCUCCCCACUCCCUUCCCAUCAACUUCCUUCUGCUCGACGUGAUCACAACCUCGCCCCUUCCUUCCUUCUGCAACGCACUCCUGCACGUUCAUUUGCCGUGUCACUCUUAAUUCCUUUUCCCUUUUCCUUCUUUUGUUCGGAUUUCAGAUGGCGUGCCAUGUUUGGCUUUUGCUUUCCUUGGAUAUUGCCCAGGUGUGGAGAUUUCUGGUCUAGUCUAUCAGAGUGUCGACCCAAGUCGCUGGUCGUCGCUUGUCAAAGUUUUCUUUUUUUUCAUCCUUACAGGUUUACCUAAUUUACAUAUUUGAUGAACCCUAUACACACUGCGACAUGUACACAAAUGAAAUAUACCAUCAAGCAACAUUCAUCAAAUGAACAGACAGAUUCAUCUGCUAUUUCUCUUUCUUCAUUUCUUCCUUCCUCUGGUUUUUCUUUUCAGCUCCUCUUGCAAUCGCAUUAAUUUUUGCCCAUAAACUUCAGACCAGUCUUUACCAUCAAUGGAGAGAGAGAGAGAGAGAUUAGAGUUUUGAAUUUCUCUCCUUUAAAAAAUUU